GCAUCGCCUUCCCCCACAGAUGGCAUUUGAUGGGGGAUUGUGCUGCAGCAGGAGGUGGGAAAGAGCACCAGUGGGAGGGGGGGGCAGGAGAGGAGGCGGAGGUGAUGGGGAGCAGUGUGGGGAUUUGGCUGGGAUUGAGGCAGCAGGGUGCAGGGCUGCUGCUCUUUGCUCUGUGCUGAGGGCUCCCCCUCAGUAAGUCAGGACACAGGGAGUGCCCAGGGACCUGCAGGUAGUGGCAGCCCUCCCUGCGUGUCACCCGUAGUGAUAGAAGCAUUGUGAGGUCAAUGAGAGCACAGGGACACAGAGAUCUGUGGGGACAGAUUCAGGGGAUGGUGACAUUCAGCAGGAAAUACAAAGAUGCCAAGUAGAAAACCCAAAGCCCCAGACAGGAAUUCCCAGCAAACCCAACAAAAUAUCCACCAGCCCAUCGUGUCUCCAUCACCACACGAAGACAAUGACCGCCCCAUCCCACCCAGCAGCUGCUCUGCUAUCAGUGAGCUGCUGCUGAGCAUCACCAAGGAGAUGGACCAGAACCUGGAACUCAUUAACGCCAUGACCAUUAAGCUCUCAGCUCUGAGCGUCCACAUGGACCGGCUGGAAGGGCUGAUCACACACCUGGCCCACUUGGCUGCUCGGAGGCAGCAGGAUGAAAUCCAGGAGCGUGCAGAGCAUCUGCUGCAGGAAAAGCAAUUCCUGCCUGCUCAUGUGGGGCUGCUGGGGAAAUGGGCACCGGGCACCAGAUUUGGAGCCCAUGGCUUCACCCAGGAACAGAAGGAAUGGGGGGAUCUUGAAGAACUGAGUUCUUCACAUUUUGUGCCUCAACAGCAGCGAGGAGUCAGAGAUGAGGCUCUGAGCAGUGCAGAGUUCAAGGAAGCCUUCAGCCUGUUUGACCGGACGCCCACGGGAGCCAUGCAGAUCUCCUACGCGCAGUGCGGGGACGUCCUGCGGGCUCUGGGUCACAACCCCACCAACGCUGAGGUCCUGAAGGUGCUGGGCAAACCCAAACCAGAAGACAUGAACACGAAGAUGCUGGACUUUGAGACCUUCCUCCCCAUCCUGCAGCACUUCACCCGCACCAGGGAGCAGGGCACCUUCGAGGACUUUGUGGAAGGGCUGCGCGUCUUCGACAAGGAAGGCAACGGCCUGGUGAUGGGAGCAGAGCUGCGCCACGUGCUGGUCACGCUGGGAGAGAAGAUGACAGAAAGCGAGGUGGAGCAGCUCAUGGCAGGACAAGAAGACGCCAACGGCUGCAUCAACUACGAAGCUUUUGUCAAGCACAUCAUGUCUGGCUGAGCCGAGGAACUUCAGAUUCUUGGAGGUGAUGGAAUCCAUCUUAGCCCCACAAACCACGAGAUUCCUACAUCCAUGUCCCCCCUUCCCCAGAGGUCCCCCGAAGGCAGAAGAGUUCCACAAGAACAGUCAGCCUCCAUGAACCUGCCCCAGUGGGUUUACAGUGGGACAAGUCUGCACCCUGGUUCUAAGCCUUAAAUUAUUCUUUUCAGGUUUUUCCUGUGCCAUUUGCAUCAUUAAACCUCAUUCCAUCCUC